AUGGUUGCACUUCCACCAGGUGAAACGAGUUUCGACGACGACGAUGACGACAAUUCAUCAAGCGACGACUGCUACAGUGGAACCAGCGUCACGUUCGCAAAGCUGGACAAGGCGAUUGACAAACUAGCGUCGGGGACGAGUGCCAUUGUACGACUCAUCUUCACAAACGGACCGGACGAGUACCGAACGCCGUCGUGGGCAACGACGAAAAAACGCGAGGAUGAGACAAAUGACUGGAGUCAUCCAAAGAUGAUGGAGAUGGCAUCAGAGCUCUUCGGAAAACUGACGCUGCAUUUGCGCGAUGAAAAUCGAUGCUGCCUACUACAGCUCGGGUUUGGCUAUUGGAGCGAAUUCCAUGUGUCUGGAACUACAAUGAAACCGGACGUAAACUUCCCGAGCGUUAAACAAGUGGACACGCUCUUUGAUAUCGUCAAGGCCAACCGUGGCCCGCUAUAG